AUGAAUUCGUUAAUUGUGACCAGAGGGGUUGAAGAAACAUUUCCUGGGCUUCCCAGAACGCUGUUAGGUCAUCAGAAUGGUGUCACAGCGGUUGCAUUCUCUCCAGAUGGCAUGAGAAUCGUGUCUGGCUCUGGGGACAAGACAAUUCAACAGUGGGACGUAGAGACUGGCCAGCCAAUGGGAGAAGCCCUCCGAGGUCAUGAAGAAUCAGUCAACGCUGUCGCAUUCUCACCAGAUGGCACGCGAAUCGUCUCUGGCUCUGACGACAAGACAAUUCGACAGUGGGAUGCAGAGACUGGCCAGCCAAUGGGAGAGCCCCUCCGAGGUCAUAAAUUUGCAGUCAACGCUGUCGCAUUCUCACCAGAUGGCGCGCGAAUCGUCUCUGGCUCAAAGGACAGGACAAUUCGACAAUGGGAUGCAGAGACUGGCCAGCCAGUGGAAGAGCCCCUCCGAGGUCAUGAAGAAUCAGUCAACACUGUCGCAUUCUCACCAGAUGGCACGCGAAUCGUCUCUGGUUCUGACGACAGGACAAUUCGACAGUGGGAUGCAGAGACUGGCCAGCCAGUGGGAGAGCCCCUCCGAGGUCAUGAAGAAUCAGUCAACGCUCUCGCAUUCUCACCAGAUGGCGCGCGAAUCGUCUCUGGCUCAAAGGACAGGACAAUUCGACAGUGGGAUGCAGAGACUGGCCAGCCAGUGGGAGAGCCCCUCCGAGGUCAUAAAUUUACAGUCAACGCUGUCGCACUCUCACCAGAUGGCACGCAAAUCUUCUCUGGCUCUUUGGACAGGACAAUUCGACAGUGGGAUGCUGAGACUGGCCAGCCAGUGGGAGAGCCCCUCCGAGGUCAUGAAGACUCAGUCAAUGCUGUCGCAUUCUCACCAGAUGGCACGCGAAUCGUCUCUGGUUCUGACGACAGGACAAUUCGACAGUGGGAUGCAGAGACUGGCCAGCCAGUGGGAGAGCCCCUCCGAGGUCAUGAAGAAUCAGUCAACGCUGUCGCAUUCUCACCAGAUGGCACGCGAAUCGUCUCUGGCUCUUUGGACAGGACAAUUCGACAGUGGGAUGCAGAGACUGGCCAGCCAAUGGGAGAGCCCCUCCGAGGUCAUGAAUACUCAGUCAACGCUGUUGCAUGCUCUCCAGAUGGCACGCGAAUCGUCUCUGGCUCUUGGGACAGGACAAUUCGACAAUGGGAUGCAGAGACUGGCCAGCCAGUGGGAGAGCCCCUCCGAGGUCAUGAAGGCUCAGUCAACGCUCUCGCAUUCUCACCAGAUGGCGCGCGAAUCAUCUCUGGCUCUUUGGACAGGACAAUUCGACAGUGGGAUGCAGAGACUGGCCAGCCAGUGGGAGAGCCCCUCCGAGGUCAUGAAGACUCAGUCAACGCCGUUGCAUGCUCUCCAGAUGGCACGCGAAUCGUCUCUGGCUCUUGGGACAAGACAAUUCAACAGUGGGACGCAGAGACUGGCCAGCCAAUGGGAGAGCCCCUCCGAGGUCAUGAAGAAUCAGUCAGCGCUGUCGCAUUCUCACCAGAUGGCGCGCGAAUCGUCUCUGGCUCUUUGGACAGGACAAUUCGACAGUGGGAUGCAGAGACUGGCCAGCCAGUGGGAGAGCCCCUCCGAGGUCAUGAAGAAUCAGUCAACGCUCUCGCAUUCUCACCAGAUGGCGCGCGAAUCGUCUCUGGCUCUGACGAUAAGACAAUUCGACAGUGGGAUGCAGAGACUGGCCAGCCAGUGGGAGAGCCCCUCCGAGGUCAUGAAGAAUCAGUCAACGCUGUCACAUUCUCACGAGAUGGCACGCGAAUCGUUUCUGGCUCUUGGGACAAGAUAAUUCAACAGUGGGAUGCAGAGACUGGCCAGCCAAUAGGAGAGCCCCUCCAAGGUCAUGAAGGCUCAGUCAACGCUCUCGCAUUCUCACCAGAUGGCACACAAGUUGUCUCUGGCUCCAUUGGUAGGACAAUUCAAAUCUCGAGCUUGGACAAUGUAUAG